GUUGCCUGAGCCCCCUCCCACCCCCACGAGAGUGGGGUUUUUUUUCUCCUCCUUGACUUAGCAAGCGAUGGUGCCCCACAGCGGACACAAAGAGCCCUCACACAAGCACCUGACCUCCCCUGGAAACACGACCUCUGCUCUAACUUUGGGGCUGUCAUCAUCGUGCCAUUAACAGCCACUCGCGGUCAUGUGCACAGCACACCGCAUUUAUUACACACGCCAAGCAGUGUUAUUUUAAAAUGUUUUCUCAGUUAAUGCCAAUUCUUAGUUUCUUAAUGGCGCACACUCAUAAAUUCACUGAGCCAAACGCACCCUGCGUGCUAGGUACAGGGUUAAGUGAUGAAGCGCGGACGAUUGGAGUUUACGCACGCCGGAGUGUUUGACGUGCAAUCCUUCUCUGUAACCGCCUCUCGGAUUGCGGAAGUUUCCCAGCUCGCCGUGCCGUGGGACAUUUGGGCCGAAAGCCACGCAAGCCCGUGCCGCCAGGCAACCGUCUCCCUGGCACUGUGGGCAGAAACAAAUCCGUGCCCGUGUUUCAACGCACGGGCAUAACAACAAGAAAUAGAAUCUGUGAAAACACAUCAACGCCGCUCCGUCGCCUUCGUCCUUGAUGGGACAUUUACCAGGGGAAUUAUCUAUGCCGGUUUUCCUACAGUGCACACCGGUGUUGUAAUGUUAUUUAAAUAGCACUGCCUUGUGAUUACCAUGACUCGGCAAAAAAAACGUAAACGGUUUACUAUUUAAAGCACACGUCAUUGUUAUCCGAUUCAUUACGAAUGUAGAAUUCACUGGAUAUUCCAAAAUUCCUUAAAUCAGCAGCACUCCUGCAGCUGCUACUGUCCAUUGGUCACCAUCAUCACCACCACCACCACAAGCUAUUCCACUUUGAGGAGAUGACAAGACAAACGUAAUGCUUCUACACUGUGUUCUUUACACUCCCUGAAGUAAGGCGAAAUCUUUUUGUUCUACAGAAUUGACAACACAUCGAUUGCACUACUUGAAUUUGCACAGAAAUGCAAUGGUUAUGAAUCGGAGUUAACUCAAAUGCGCGGAUUGUAAUUUUUUUCCAUGGCUAACGGACCAAAUAACUACUCGUAAGUGGGUGUUGUCCAACGUAUUUGUGUGUUUAAGGUGCAGACAUUCGCUGCACUUUGAAAGUGAAAGAGAUGGACAGGGUGGAGCUGAGGUCAGCGCAGGAUGGACAUCACGAGAAGCCACCAGCAUGGAGGGCAGGGCUUGAGCAGGAAUCUAGGGGAUCCGCCAGACCUGUGGCUGGGGCCAUGCAGACGUCCCCCACGAACACCUCCAUCUCCAUCAGGGUUACGAUGAGAGACCCGUGCAGCUCCAGCCUGAAGGAAGCAGAGCUCGGCUGCACGUCGGACGGGGUUGACGCUGGGAAAAUGGACUUGGCACCGACACUACGGGCCCUGGAUGGUCAUUGCAGGAAGGCGCACAGCAGGCAAAGCGGAAACAAUGUCGCCUGGGAGCUGGGCAACCACAAGCAUCAAACAAAUGUGUGUCUGCCACCUAUUCGCAGCGCAUCACUGCCAUUGCCUCCCCCGCUCUCCCGAUCGCCGGCGGAGGGUAGCAGAUCCCUUCCCACGCUGGGGCUCUCCGAUCCCCACCCAAGGAGUCGGGCGCAGCUGCCCAAUGUGCCAGUGUGGCUCAGGCCUCCUUCCAUGCCGAAAAAAUGCUUCUCACCCCUUCCCGAAAUCCAUUCCAAAACUUACGCUGAAGCUAAUUCAUCCGCGGUUGGCAUUCGGCGAUUUUGCGACACACCUGAGGACUGUGUUACUAACAAGGAGAGCGCCGAUUUUGUGUCGCCAAGGAAGAGCCACUUUCAGGGUGACGAAGUCAACGUCAGACGUUACAGAACAUUCCCGUCUUUUUCUCAGACGCAUCAACCUCGUUUGUGGUCAUUCGUGCCGGGCCGUGUCCAGCACAUGAGGCCCACUGUCACACAAGCAUUACUGCCAGGGAGAGACUUUGGUGUUCGUGCUACAGCACACGGAAAGAACCACCCGAAGGAUUUCGAAUCUCACCAUGACGACGAAGGGACAAAGACGACUCCUAAACACGCCAAUGUUGAACACCGUGUGAGUGAUUACAACGGGUCUAAAAUUCUUGCGAAUGAUGCGAAAAACCACGGUCCGCAAUUGAAUCAAGAUAUGACGAAAACAUGCUUAAAUAGCAGCGUGGUGAACGAGUUAGUGCCGAUUGUACAGGCACUCCACAGCUCAAGUAAAGCCAUAACUCCAGCAACAAAACACGAAGACGCAGAGACAUUGUCAGAACCACGCGAUCAUUGCUCAGGGGAAAAUGUUCAACGUCGUAAACCUAAUGGUUGUCUUAAGAAUGACUCCGUAACUGUGGAAGAUAAGAGUGAAGUGUGUGAAAGCCAUCAAACCCUGUGUUCGCGAAAAGAAGAGGUGGACACUGAACCUGUGAAAACGGAGUUAAAUGCAGUGGUCCUACUGGGAGUGAACUCGGCUGUGUCUGCAGGGAUAAAAGUGGUUGAUGUCAAGAAGAGGACUUACUUGUCAUCGCACACUGACGAUGUGAAAGCCACUGCAGUGAACAGAAGUGUGUCAGUGAGGAACAGAUCCCAGUGUCAGCCUGCAGCCAUUUCCCCUGACCUCAUAGAAAACACAGUGGACAAAAAUAAGCCUUUGAGUUACACGGUUGCUUUUUCCGGUCAUCUGUUAGCAACUACAGAACGGGCAGUGCCAAAGGAACAAUUAUUCGUCGGCAAAAAUAAGUCAAAAGAAGCGACUCCGAUCAUGACGACGCACGUGCCCACUCCACCGCUGCGGUGCAGCUGCCAGCAUUUCUGCCACCCUACAGAAGCGUCAGAGACAAGGCAGGAGAGAGGAGCUGGUGUCACCAGUGGAGGGAAUGGCAGAGACAGUCUCGUUAAUGCGGAAAUUGAAGAUGGAGCCAAGGUGUCCCAGAAGCCAGAGUCACGUGCAGAAGUGGUAGGGAGUGAAGCGAGGCCAGGUAAGCAGGGUGGACCAAACGGAGAGGCAAUUUAUCCGCUCAUAAGAGUGUGGAAGACAGAGAUUGAAGAGUCUUUGGUGAAAAAUGCGGUCGAUGUAAAUACUUCCUCAACGAAAAAUGCUCUGAGAAAGGGGCUCAGAAAGACGAGUAGGGCAAUUUCCUCGGGCGUGACAGCUGAAAAAUCUCAUAAAAAAUAUACAGUCAAGCAUCUUAGAACGCCAAUAAAAUCUCCAUGCCCAUCAUCACCUCAACACGGACGCAUCAGCCCCAACAUACUCGGCAUUCCAAGGGAAGGAAUGUCCCAGGGCACGCAGGUGACCAAAGCUCGUUCUGCAAAGAAGCAUCUUGCUCGACACUCUGCACUGAAAUUAAAGCUGCACGACGACAACACGCGGGCAGCCUUGAACUCAUGGAAACCCCACAUUUUCUUGGAGAAACUUGGCCCGCCCUCCAUGUCUGCCGUCGACUUUGCGAAGCUGAAUUACGACGACCUGUUCUCCGAGUCUGCUCGCAAAGAUGUGCAGACUCCAGCCAUUUGGCAAAUGUUCACAGGCGCCGUGUACGUUGCACGGCGGCAGACGAAGCCUUUGCAAGGUCCUGUUCGGCACCCCCGCUCUGUGUCUGCCGGACAACCCAAGUCACCGGCUAACGCUCGCCCACGUGGCCGAAAUGUUAAGUUGCACAGCAAUGAGGGCCGUGCCAAGAAGCUCAAGCCCAAGUUGGGCUUUCCUUCCAGACAAAAGGGGAGCCCAGCGCGAGCCGAGCAGAACCACGCGAGAUCUAAAAGUGUUGACACCAAUGGGGAGAAUAGAAAAUUAGGCGACGAGGGGAGAGAGGACUCGCGAGAAAAAUUACCCGUUGAGCAGGAGCCGCCUGCACGGGACAAACCACAGCCGCUUGGCACUCUCAAGGAGGACACUUUUGAAAAUUGCAGAAAUGAUUUCACUGCACUCGCCUUACAGACGUUCAAGAGGGAACCGUUAAUUGAAAAGCCAGAUUGGCACACAUCAGGUUCGCAAGGUGUUUCGGGGGCAGCGAGCCUCAGCGAUGAUGCUACACAGGAUCAGACGAUCACUUGGAUCAAGGGAAACCGGCUGGGCAAGGGGGCCUUUGGCACUGUGUUCCUCGGGCUGACAAACCAGGGCAAGCUGAUUGCCGUGAAGGAGCUGGAGCUCAGAGACGCCCAAAGCGCGAACGGCAACCAAGGUGGACAAAAGCAGAGCGAGCUGCAGAAGCUGCAGGAUGAGGUGGAGCUACUCACCACCCUGCAUCACCCCAAUGUGGUCGAGUACCUGGGCACGGAGAUGGAGGGAAACCGCUUCAGCAUUUUCAUGGAGUUUGUGCCAGGCGGAACGGUGGCGGAGACGGUCCGGGGGUUUGGGCCCCUCGGCGAAUCCGUGUGCCGUAGCUACAUCGCGCAAAUGACCCGCGGGCUCGCCUACCUGCACGGCCACGGCGUGAUGCACGGCGACGUCAAGGGGAGCAAUGCGGUGAUCACGCCCGCCGGUGUCGUUAAGCUCAUAGACUUUGGCUGCGCUCAACGGGUGGCACUGGCACUCAGCUGCCACGAAAACGGGGGCCUGCACUCUGUGCACGGCACUGCCUAUUGGAUGGCUCCAGAGGUGAUCAACGGCACAGGCUACGCACGCAGGGCCGACGUCUGGAGCCUGGGCUGCACGCUGCACGAGAUGGCUGUGGGUCGGCCACCCUUUGCCGACAUGGCUCCCAUGGCUGCUUUACUCCACAUUGGCAUAAGGAAUGGGAUUAUGCCUGGUCUGCCUCAAGCUUUUUCCAAGGAGGCACAAGAAUUUGUGGAGCAAUGCUUCAUCAGGGACAAGCUGAAGAGGCCAUCCUCCCAGGAGCUUUUGAGUCACCCCUUCAUCUGUGAGGAGCCGUGUGCACGGUGAAACAAUUGAACGUCAAUGUAUCUUCGUGUCGCCUGUGCUCUUCACGCAGAGCAUCAUUUAAGACAACAGCGUAGUCGUCGGCAUAAACUCAACUGCACUGUUUAAACACAAUGCACCGGAAACAUCCAAGUGUCAUUAUGAAGAGGACCGCUUUUGAACAGAACAAACAUUGCAAUGGACAAUGCAAAAUUGUUUAUUUUCUUUAUCACGUGCAGCAAAAAAGCAGUUUUUAUGCAGUUUUCAACUAUACAUGCCUCCGUGAAUGAUUAAAAUGUCAAGGUUUGUUUGUGGUUGUAAAGAGUUCAGGCCAUUUGAGACCUUACUUCUUAGCACUUGACAAGUGGAUCUUACAUCUAGUUUUGCAGCGGUCUGAUGCACAUUUUAUACAGCGAUUUCAUCUGAAUUGUCAGGAACCCAACAUUAAAAUGGUUCAUACACAAUGCCUUCUGAGGCAUCAAGCAUUUUAAAUUGAACAUACAUGUAAUGUACAGCCAUGUUAUGCAUAUCAUUAUUUGUACUUUAUUUAAGGUGGAACUAAGUAAUAUCUGAAAAUGUAUUAUGAUACAUGCACUGCAAGUACUCUCAAUUGAAUAAAAUAGCAUUUUAAAACA